CUUCAUGUUAAGUGCGGUCAGAAAGCUUCCACAUCACGUUAAGAACAGGAAACUACACAUCGUGUUAAGAUCAGGCAGGUCACUUCCACUUCAUGAUGUUGUAUUUCGUUGUCAUCUUUAUGGCCAGGUGUUUGUAGCCAAUGAUGCCAAGGCCACACCAACUGGGAAGCCGAAACGUCCUGAGGCGAACUCCGGUCUUCCUCGUCAUCGGCGUCCUGUUCACCUGCAACCUCUUCGGCCUCCUGAUCUUCAACCGCCUAGAGCACUCGGCGCAGAACAGUCCGUCGGGCAAGCACCCGAACCAAACGACCGCACCAAACCACCGCUGGAGGUACGGACAAUCGGGCGACGUCCUCUUGGGCGCAACCGAAGACCGCGUCCACAUCCUAGACGUCCUAGCCAGCAGGGCACCCUUCAAGUUCGACGUCGACAAGCAGUCGCUUGAUUCCAGCCGCAAGUACAAGAUUGCUCGUAGGUUCCUGUCGCCCCAAGCGAAACUAGGACCUCAAGACGGUGGCGGAGACGUCUGUCUCGCGACGCAGGGCUCCCUAGACCGCCUCUCCUGGCUUGUCGACCUUGUCCAGCUCUGGAACGGGCCGGUGUCCCUGGCGGUCUUCGUAGCCAACUCGACGCAGUUCCAAGCCGUCAAGCUGUACCUUUCCCUCAUCCGUUUCUGUUCGGAAGCCAUCAAGACCAACAUGCGAGUGGAUCUGGUGUAUCCGGCUGACGAGAACCUGACCAGGAAGACCGUGUGGUCGGACGAACUCGGCUCCGAUUUUUCUUGCGGCACCCACGCAGUUCUCCUGAAGGUUCUACAGAACGUCGGCAAGACGAAAGUUGUCAAGGGAAGUGCGAAACAGAUGCUCUACCCUCAGAACCAUCUCCGGAACGUGGCCAGGGACGGCUGCGCCCAGAGGUACUUCUUUCUCACAGACAUCGACAUCAUGCCGAAGCCGGGACUCUGGGAGGAACUGUCCCACUUCUUCAGGCGGACCCUUCCGUGUACAAAGUGCGUGUUUGUGGUGCCAACUUACGAGAUGUCGGAGACUGCCCCGGUGCCCAGGACGAAACGGGAGCUUUUGCACCUUGUCCGGCGGAAGGAGGCGAGGCCUUUCCACCAGAAGUCUUUCAUCCCCAACCAAUACGCCACGAACCACGGCAUAUGGGAAGGCCUAAAGCAGCACGGCGACGGACUGCGUGCCGCGUACAGCGUGAAGAGGUACGAGUUCUUCUACGAACCUUUCUAUGUGGCUGCCAAAGUCGUGCCGCGCUAUGACGAGAGGUUCGUCGGCUACGGGUUCACCAGGAACACUCAGGUGUACGAGACCCACCUGGCCGGGUUCGAGUUCUGGGUGCUGGACGAAGCCUUCGCCGUGCAUCGCGGCAUGCGGAACAAGCUCAGCAUGGGCGUCUGGAAGGACCGCCAGAAUGACCUGAACCGAAAGCGCUUCGUCGUCUUCCAGAGGGACAUGAAGAGGAAGUACCGGCUCACAACGAAGAAGGCCGCAGCACCCGCUCCGACGACCGGCAUCCAGAGGGACAUGAAGAGGAAGUACCGGCUCACAACGAAGAAGGCCACGGCACCCGCUCCGACGACCAGCAUCCAGAGGGACAUGAAGGGGAAGUACCGGCUCACAACGAAGAAGGACACGGCACCCGCUCCGACGAACAGCAAGACGCCGUCGUCGUUCUCCAAAACGCUACAGGGUUCUCUCCGACUAGCGCCUUCGUCUUGAACUAGCUCUUACGGUCUCUUGCAACGUAAGAUCGAGGGAAGAGGCUCUGCCCACAACGAGCGAAGCUCCGCCGCACAUGAGAGCGGUGGACCAGCAGAUGCAUCU